GACACUAUUGGAUUAUCUCUCACGGGCGAGUACAUGCUGGUAUAUUUAAUUGGUGCGGGUUGAGUCCUUCGGUAUCUAAUCAGGAAGUCCAGGGAGUUGUACUGGGGAUGUCGUACGUACGAAACCUGCACAGAAACCCGGUCGUCACUAACAAGCUUUGCUUGGAAGCUCUAACAAGCUCAUAUGCCCCAGUCGGUUCAAUGAUGAGCGACAAGGUACCCCUCAAAUUACCGGGUACAACUUGAUAUCUAAUGAACUCACCUUCCUAUUUAAGCAUAACAACCUUAUCUCAGAUGUACCAGAACAAUGGAAUCAGGACGAAAUCAUCAUCAUUUCUGCAGUUCGGCACCCUGUGCCGCACCAAUUCAUGCAGCCAAUAUGAAGGAUACCGACAAAAGCAGUUCACGGGAAGCUGCUUUAAUAAGAAGAAUGGCUCCGCCGAUAAUUCGAAUCUUUCUCUACUCCUUUCUAAUCCACUUCUCGAGUAGACUGAGCCGUUAUUAUGUUGCUUCCUUCCUUUGCGGUGCUACUCACAAGUGGCGUUGUCCUCAAGACUUUGGCCGGACCCCUCUCUGAACCUUUCAAUGGAGAUCGAAUCAAGCGAGUAGCUCCUCCCUCUCACAGUCUUCAUGAGCGCCAUCUGCCUCAAAUAUCAAGGAAAUGGGUGAAGAGGUCAAAAGUACCUGAUACCCAAAUUCUGCCUAUGCGAAUUGGUUUAAAGCAACACAAUCUCGAAGCAGGUCACGAGAAGCUCAUGGAUAUGUAAGUAAACAUUUCCAUCCACGCAAUUGAAGCAACUCAGCAUACUAACUUCACAAAGUUCGACUCCAGGAUCGGAUAACUAUGGUCGACAUAUGACAGCGGAAGAGAUUGUGGACUUUUUUGCUCCUCGUCAAUCGACUACGGAUGCUGUAGUUGAAUGGCUGGUUGCAUCCGGUAUCACCACAGACCGCUUCGCAAUCUCUGCCAACAAACAGGUGAUACUUUACCCAGAUACUAUCUCCGAAAUCCAAAAAAUUGCUAACGCAAGAUAAACCAGUGGAUCCAAUUUGACGCUCCAGCCGCUGAAGUUGAGGAUCUUCUCUCGGCAGACUUUUACGUUUGGGAACACUCCUCCAAAACUCUGGACAUUUCCACCGAGGAGUACCAUGUACCAGCCCACAUCAGAGAGCACAUAGACUACGUGACACCCGGUACCCGACUCCGACAAAGGAACAUCAAGGUAUCACGCGACAGCGACAGCGACCUCCAAAAACGUGCCGCGAGCCGAAAACCCAGUCCUCGCAUCACCCAGCUUCCAGGAUUCCCGAACCCAAAUGCCAGCACCUGCGAUAUCUAUGUUACAGCUGAGUGCACAAGAAGUAUGUUUUGAGAUCCUUCAUUGUGUGGUGUACAGAACCUGACUUGUUCAUUUGUAGCUCAGUACAACAUUCCCAAUGCCACGUCUGCUAUUCCGGGUAAUGAGCUGGGAAUAUUUGAGAGUUUGGAUGUCCAUUAUGCGAGAGCUGAUCUUGAUAUCUACUUUAGCACUCUCUAUCCGUAAGACAGCUCUGAAGUCUGUUGCUGAAAAGUUCUUUCUAACCUCGUCUCAGUCAUAUCCCCAACGGAACAUACCCCGAAGAACGUCUCAUCGACGGAGCCAUCGGAGCCACCGAAGACACCACCGAGUUCGUCCCCAUCGAGCUCGAAGCAGCCCUAGAUUUCGACUCCGCUUGGCCCCUAAUCUACCCCCAAGGAGUGGUUCUCUUCCAAGAAGACGACGAGUACUACGAGUCAACCGGUAACUUCAACGGUUUCUGGAAUAGUAAGUGUCCCCUCAAAAUGCUAAUCCGAGGUAUAACUGACCCGUCCCAGCGUUCCUCGAUGCCAUAGACGGCAGUUACUGCAACUACACCGCCUACGGCGAAACAGGAGACUGCACCGACCCACGCUGCGUCGACCCCGCGUACCCGGAUCCCAACCCAGGGGGCUACAAAGGCGAGCUCCAAUGCGGCGUCUACAAGCCCACCAAUGUGAUUUCCAUCUCCUAUGGCGCAGGCGAGGCAUACCUCCCCGAUUUCUACAUGAAGCGUCAGUGCAACGAGUGGAUGAAGCUCGCUCUCCAGGGCGUCACGGUCGUCAUGUCCUCAGGCGAUAGUGGGGUGGGUGGUGAUGCGGGGACGUGCAAUGGUGAGGCGGGGAACAUCUUCGAAGUCGAUUACGCGAGCUCGUGUCCGUAUGUUCUCUCGGUUGGAAGCACGGAGUGGGAUCGAUUUGACAACAGCACUGUUCCUGUUCCCGGACAGAAACUGAGGGAGGUGGCCACGGCGAGGUUCCCAAGUGGAGGGGGUUUCUCAAACGUCUUUGGGAUUCCGAGCUAUCAGCGUGUUGCGGUGGAUCAGUAUUUCGAUGAGGUGGGCAAGACUCUGGGGUUUGAUGCGUAUCAUCAUUAUGUCACCGAUGGGGAUUUUAGCUCCGUCGAUGGAGGGGUGUUUCAUCAUGGUGGGAGGGCGUAUCCUGAUGUUGGGGCCGUGGGGGAUAGACAGGUGACCUACUCGAAUGGGUCUUGGUGGUUGGUUGGGGGGACGUCGUUGUCGGCGCCGGUUUGGGGCGCGGUGUUGACGCUGAUUAACGAGAAGAGGAUUGAGGCUGGCAAAAGUACUGUUGGGUUUAUUCAUCCUGUGCUUGUACGUUUUUUCUUCCCCUUUCCCUCUACCUUUAACCUUCCCAGAUGAUUUGGAAAUUGGAGACUAAUUAUGCAACUGCAGUAUCAACACCCCGAGGUUUUUACCGACAUCACUUCAGGUAACAAUCGCGGCUGUGGCACACCCGGUUUCCUCGCUGACAAAGGAUGGGAUCCUGUUACUGGUCUUGGGUAUGCUUCUUCCCAUUGCGUUCCCUUUCCCUCCUUCUCCCUUCGUUCUUCAACACUUACUAACUCCACCUACUUAUCCAGAUCACCAAACUUCCCGCUUCUACUGGACCUUUUGAUGGGUAUAUAACACCUUCACCAAUUCGACAAAGUACAUAAAAAGCAACGAACCCCUCUUAGA